AUGAGGAGGGAAAAUGUGACCUGGGUGACUGAGUUCAUCCUCAUGGGUCUCUCCAGUGACAAGCACAUCCAGGUUGGACUCUUCGUCCUGUUUGAAGCCACCUACCUGCUGACCCUGCUGGGCAAUGGGCUCAUUGUCCUCCUGAUUGCAGUGGACCCACGUCUCCACCUGCCCAUGUACUUCUUCCUCUGCCAUCUGUCCAUAGUGGAUACCUGCUACACCUCCAGCGGGGUUCCCCAGAUGCUGGUGCACUUCCUCAUGGAGAGCAAGACCAUCUCCUUCACCCUGUGUGGGACCCAGCUCUUCUUUGCACUGACUCUUGGGGGGACUGAAUUUUUGCUACUGGCUGCCAUGGCCUAUGACCGCUAUGUGGCUGUCUGUGACCCCUUACGUUACACAGUAGUGAUGAGCCCCAGGCUCUGCAUGAUGCUAGCAGGUGCCUCUUGGUUUAUGGGUGUGGCCAAUUCUGCCAUGGAGACAGCAGUCACCAUGUGCCUGCCCACCUGUGAGAACAAUGUGUUAAAUCAUGUGGCCUGUGAGACGUUGGCACUGGUCAGGCUGGCCUGUGUGGACAUCACCCUCAACCAGGUGAUGAUACUGAUCUCUAGUGUGGUGGUGCUGCUGGUGCCCUGCUGCCUGGUUUCUCUGUCCUAUGCCUACAUUGUGGCUGCCGUUCUGCAGAUCCGCUCCACCCAGGGACGCCACAAAGCCUUUGAGACCUGUGCCUCACACCUCACUGUGGUCUCCAUGUCUUACAGGAUGGCCCUCUUCAUCUAUAUGCAGCCCCGCUCCACAGCCUCUGCUGAGCAGGACAAGGUAGUGGUGCUUUUCUAUGCUGUGAUCACCCCCAUGCUCAACCCUCUCAUCUACAGUCUGAGGAACAAGGAUGUGAAGGCUGCCCUGAGAAGAUUAGUUCAGAAAUCAGACCAGUACACACAAUUUAUUUUGUCAGCAAUCUAUUUCUGGGCCGGCGAGAUGGCUCAGCAGCGUAUCACAGUGUCCUCACACAGACACCUAUCCUUCAGCCUUCAGGCCAUUUUCAUCAUCUCCACAACGAAGCACCAUUGCCAUAAUGCAGCCCUCCCUCUCCCAGCUCCUGACAUCCACUAG